AUGGCUGCAUUAAUGCUACCUCUAGCAAUUGCUGCAUAUGGUGUACUCCUUUUUCUUUCGCAUACGCCUAGGCUUCCAAUUGCAAGUGAGUCAAGGUAUACAACAAACGAUACCAAUGGUGAAGAAUUUGAUUUACCUCCUCGUGUCACCACCGAUAAUACGAGAGCUUUAGACGACAUUGACAUUAGUGUGAUUGUGCCUUGUUAUAAUGAAGUUAAGCGACUCAAAAAGAUGAUGGAUGAGGCCGUGGCAUAUUUAGAGAAAACCCACCGCGGCAAAUACGAAAUAAUUCUCGUCGACGAUGGAUCGACCGAUGGUACAGCAAAGUAUGGAAUCGAACUAGCCAAUAUGUACAACUUAAAACCACAUAUUGUGAAAGUGGUUCAACUUGCAAAGAAUAGAGGUAAAGGUGGCGCAGUUACACACGGGAUGUUGCAUGCUCUGGGUAAGUAUGCAUUAUUUGCCGACGCAGACGGUGCGACCCAAUUUUCAGACAUUUCAAAGCUUCUUGAUUUUCUUGAAAAACACCAAGAAGAACCUGCUAUGGCAAUUGGUUCGCGAGCGCACUUGGUCAAUACCGAUGCAGUCGUUAAGCGAUCAUUUAUAAGGAAUUUUCUUAUGUACGGCCUUCAUACCCUUGUCUACAUAUUUGGUAUUAGAGCCGUCAAGGAUACGCAAUGUGGCUUCAAAAUGUUUAAUCAGGAAGCUGUGGCAAAGAUUUUCCCACACAUGCAUACUGAACGGUGGAUCUUUGACGUGGAAGUGCUUUUACUCGGUGCUAUGCAGGGAGUAUUGAUAGAGGAGACUUCUGUUAAUUGGCAAGAAGUUGAUGGUUCGAAAGUUGAUUUGGCGAGAGACUCCAUUGAAAUGGCUGUUGAUUUGGUUGUGACCAGAUUGGCGUAUAUUCUUGGCAUUUAUAAGUUAAACGAAUGUGGAAGAGCAAACAAAAAUGACCAAUGA